CCCACGUCAUUGACUAUUGGGCCAAGACCGGAUGCUCUUGCUCUCAGGCCCAGCCCAUCGUCCCCUUCAUCUGCGCUUCUUCUUUCUCCCCCACACACUCGGAAAGCCGAAGCCAUUUGUACGAUUGUAACCUCAAAACAGUCCCCUUAGCAGAUCGAACAUGGAGACGAUGGAGUCCGCCGAGAACCAUCCAAGAGGGAAGCGCCUCCGCAAACCCUCGGUUUCUGCUUACUCCCCCAUCAACAAUCUCGACGACGGCUGUCUCAUGCACAUCUUCAGCUUCUUGUCCCCCAUCCCAGAUCGGUAUAACACAGCCCUCGUUUGCCACAGAUGGUGUUACCUGGCAUGUCAUCCUCGCCUAUGGCUGCGAGUAGACCGGUCUGUCCAGGAUUUAUCUGAACCUGGAGCUUUCCCCAACAUUGAAGCAGCUGUCUCUGCUGCAAGGCCAGGUGACACAAUUCUAAUUGCAGCUGGUGGAAGUCAUCAUGUCUCCAAUAUUCAGAUUAAGAAACCACUUUGCCUGAUUGGAGCUGGUGAGCUUCCCGAUGACACAACAAUUAUCUGUUCACGGGGUUCAGACAGUGCGCUGGAAUUCCUAUCUACCUGCAAAGUGACGAACUUGACUGUUAAGGCGGAGCUCGGUUGCUGCUUGCUUCAUAGGAGCGGAAGGCUGACCAUAGACAAGUGUAUACUUCAAUGUGAAUCGAACCCCUUGGAUUUUCUUUCCUUCCCAAUUAUCUGUAAUGCUACUGCCAAUGGCCCAGAGGCAUUACCAUUCUCAAUGAAGACUUUUGGUAGCGGCAUUUCAGUUUCCCAAACUCGGAUUGAAGGUGGCACUAAGGCUGUUUUGACUAGUGGUACCCUGGCAUUGCAGCGGGUGCGAGUCCUUUAUGCUCGAACUUCGCUCUUUUUCUGGUUUGAUGUAGAGCAUCAAUGAUAAUUUGUAGUAUUUUCCUCAGCAUCUCUGUAAAAUUAUUUGCUAUUGGAUAUUAUUGAACUAUUUAAAUCAGUUAGGAGUUGUAUUUAGUGCUGUAUUGAUUCUCAUUCAAGAGUUGUAUACUUUAUGGUUCUCUAGUUCAUUUACAAGCUUCUGUAACCCCUUUGUGGAGGGUAGUUUUACUA